CUGAUGAGUAGCGAUUUUUUAUCAAUUAUUUAUUUCUGUUUUUGUUUGUUGUAUUUUUAAUGUUUAUUGUAUUUGAGAAAAGAAUUAAAGUGCAAACGCUCUCACACUAAUAAAUUUCCCCGAACGCUGCUCCUCAAAUUGAGUCUCUCUGCUUGGAGAGCCUAGUCAAUGCGGUACUGCUUUGUAACAUAAAUACUCAGCAAUCAGUUGGAAGCGAUACAUCGCUCGAAAAAGUUGCUGUGCGAAGAGCAAAUACCUAAAAAUAUUUCAGAAACACGGAAAUAAAAAUUAUAAACCAAAACGAAUAGAAAAUUAGUUCGUAACCCUUUUUAUAUUAUUUAUAUAAACUAAAAAUGUCCGACAGCGUUGAAGCAGAAGCAAUACGUAACUACUAUAAUGUCGCCUUGGAAUUGGUUAUGAAAAGUGGCCCGGUCGCUUGUGAAGGUUAUGCACAAGCUGAUGCUAAUUACAAAACGAAAUCGGCAUUCUAUGAUCUAGUAACUGUAUAUGAUAAGAAGGUAGAGGAUCUACUCAUCGCAGGAUUGCAGAAAGCAUUCCCCGAAACGAAAUUUAUCGGUGAGGAAGCUACAGCGGAAAACAAUAGUGAGCCGGUAUUAACAGAUGCACCCACAUGGAUCAUUGAUCCCAUAGAUGGCACUACCAAUUUUAUACGCCGUUUUCCGAAUUGGUGCAUAUCGGUGGGUUUGGCCAUUAAUAAGGAGUUGGUGGUUGGUAUAGUGUAUAUUCCAGUGGUGAAUGAGAUGUACUCAGCAUAUAAAGGACAUGGUGCAUAUCUCAAUGGAAAACCCAUUAGCGUGAGCAAGUGUACGAAAAUGAAAACUGGUAUUUUUGGAACCGAACUGUCACUUAUACAAAGACCAGCUAUACGUGAUAAGCACAUGAAACGGGUGUGUACACUGACUGCCAAUUCCAUCGGUUGCCGUGGCAUUGGUAGCGCUGCUGCAUCUCUCUGCUAUGUGGCGCGCGGCAGCAUUGAUUGUUUCGCUGUUGAGGAUCUACAGCCUUGGGAUAUAGCAGGCGGCGCGUUAAUAAUACGCGAAGCAGGAGGCGUAGUGUGCCAUUCAAAAGGUGGCGAAUUUUCGAUUAUGAAACCGGAUUGCAUCGCAGCAGCGACACCUGAACUGGCGCAAGAUGUUAUUGGUUUGAUCAAUGAAGCUGAUCAAAUAACAGAAUAUCAAUUGUGAGAUGAUAUCUGAAAACUUAAAAAAAUAUCCUAUAAAUUGUGAUUUGAAAAAAACAAAAUAAGGUAAAAAUAGUGGCUAAUAAGUGAUAAAGGUUAGAGGUUAGUUAAAGGUUGGAAAUAAAAUGAAUUGUGGAAUUAAUAUCAAAUAUGGAAAAACGAAAUUGUAGAAAAUUUAAAAUCAGUAUUGAUAUGUAUUAAAUAAAUGGAAUGAAGCUUGCGAAAUUCGUACACAAUGUAAAAAUGUUCAAUUUCGUGUUGAAUACAUGCAUGCAAACAUA